AUGUCUGGUGGAGAUCAGGAACCCAGGUGCUACUAUGUGGGUGUAGAUGUUGGGACAGGCAGUGUUCGAGCUGCUUUGGUGGACCAGAAAGGAGUCCUUGUGGCUUUUGCUGACCAGCUAAUUCAACAGUGGGAACCUCAGUUCAACCACCAUGAACAGUCCUCUGAGGACAUCUGGGCUGCCUGCUGUGUUGUCACAAAGAAAGUUGUGCAAGGAAUUGAAUUAGAUAAAAUCCGAGGACUUGGAUUUGAUGCCACCUGUUCUCUCGUUGUUUUGGAUAAGCAGUUUCGUCCUUUACCGGUAAACCAUGAAGGAGAUUGCUAUCGAAACAUCAUCAUGUGGCUGGACCACCGAGCUGUGAAUCAGGUCCAGAGGAUCAAUGACACCAAGCACAGUGUCCUCCAGUACGUGGGGGGUGUGAUGUCCGUGGAAAUGCAGGCCCCGAAGCUUCUGUGGCUGAAAGAGAACUUGAGAGAAACUUGCUGGGAUCUGGCGGGGCACUUCUUUGAUCUCCCAGACUUCUUAUCGUGGAAAGCAACAGGUGUCACAGCCCGGUCUCUCUGUUCUCUGGUGUGCAAAUGGACAUACUCAGCAGAGAAAGGCUGGGAUGACAGCUUCUGGAAGAUGAUUGGUUUGGAAGACUUUGUUGCUGAUAAUUACAUCAAAAUAGGAAACCAAGUGCUGCCUCCUGGAGUUUCUCUUGGAAAUGGGCUCACACCUGAAGCAGCAAAAGACCUGGGACUCCCUGCUGGGAUCGCAGUAGCAUCCUCACUCAUUGAUGCACACGCAGGAGGGCUAGGCGUGAUUGGAGCAGAUGUGAGGGGGCACGGCCUCGCCUGUGAAGGACAGCCCAUGACAUCACGCCUGGCUGUCAUCUGUGGAACAUCUUCUUGUCACAUGGGGGUCAGCAAAGACCCGCUUUUUGUACCUGGUGUCUGGGGCCCUUAUUUCUCAGCCAUGGUCCCUGGACUAUGGCUGAAUGAAGGUGGUCAGAGUGUUACAGGAAAAUUGAUAGACCAUGUGGUACAAGGCCACGCUGCUUUCCCUGAACUACAAGCUAAGGCUGCUGCCAGAUGCCAGAGUAUAUAUGCAUAUUUGAACAGUCACCUGGAUCUAAUUAAGAAGGCUCAGCCUGUGGGUUUCCUCACUGUUGAUUUACAUGUUUGGCCAGAUUUCCACGGCAACCGGUCUCCCUUAGCAGAUCUGACACUGAAGGGCAUGGUCACCGGAUUGAAACUGUCCCAGGACCUUGAUGAUCUUGCGGUUCUCUACCUGGCCACAGUUCAAGCCCUUGCAUUUGGAACCCGCCACAUUAUAGAGGCCAUGCAGGCAGCAGGGCACUCUAUCAGUACUCUCUUCCUGUGUGGGGGCCUGAGCAAGAACCCGCUUUUUGUGCAAAUGCAUGCGGACAUUACUGGCAUGCCCGUGGUGCUGUCCCAAGAGGUGGAGUCUGUUCUUGUGGGUGCUGCUAUUCUGGGUGCCUGCGCCUCGGGGGAUUUCACUUCUGUACAGGAGGCAAUGGCAAGGAUGAGCAAAGUUGGGAAAGUUGUGUUCCCCAGACAUGAGGAUAGAAGAUACUAUGACAAGAAGUAUGAAGUGUUCCUGAAGUUGGUUGAGCACCAGAAGGAGUAUGCAGCGAUCAUGAAGGCAGACUGA